GGCUGAUCUUUCGCUGUCAUUCGGCCACGGUCGGUUCCAGGAGAGAGGGGCAGCCAAGAAGCAAGCACACACACACAGAGGAUCGGCUGGCUCUGAAGGAGAGACAGUUAGUGAGAAGAAAAGAAAAUAAAGCGGACAAUGAAACCGAUCGAAUAAGGCUUUAUGAACGAACCGAGUAUAAGUCACACACUGCCACGUUAACAAAGCUCUUCGAUGAUACGGUCCAGAUUACAGGCAGCAGAUAGAGAGCUGUGUCAUUGAGCAGGCAGGACACGUCAGGAGAAGGGAGAGAGAAAAAAAGAGCUGACCGACUGCACUGUACGAGUCAGCUACUAAAACCGCCUCUGAAAACCUUUGCCUGCCGCACUCAUUGUUUCAAGGACACCGUCUCGCUCUCAGCCCGAGAAAAAGGAUCUCGACACAGACGACGCCGAGGUCGAAAGGUGGUGAUCAGAAGGACCAAACGAUCACGGGAUAGCACUUGUCUGUGGGGGGAGAAAACAAAUGGGGGAUUACGGGUUUGGAGUUCUAGUUCAAAACAACACUGGCAACAAGUCUGCAUUCCCGGUCCGAAUCCACCCGCAUCUGCAGCCCCCUCAUCAUCACCAAAAUGUGUCGCAGAGCCCUGCCGCUUUCAUAAACAGCACCACAGCCGCAGGGAAUGGCACCACGGGAGGCUCUCCCUGGCUCUUCCCUGCCUCCGCCACCCACAACAGCGUGCAAGACGAAAUCCUGGGGGGGCCAGAAAAACCCAAAGCACAGCAGCAACAGGAAAUGCAAGAAACGCAAGAAAAGCAGCAGUUGUCUCCCGGGAGUCACCAAGAGGGUGGAAGUGGCGGUGGGAUAAUUUCAGAAUUGGAAAAAGCCAGGUCCGAGGAAGGCAAGACAGAGAAUGGCACAUCUGACAGCAGUAAUGGAAAAGAGAAGCAGCUCCGUCUUGAGUCACCUGUUCUGACAGGCUUUGAUUACCAGGAGACAUCUGGUCUCGGGGGUACGGGCCCAGUUCAGUCCAGUACAACCUCGUCAUCGCUUUCUGGCUUCAACAACUGGUCACCCGCCAUCCCGCCUGCGCCAUCAACAAUCAUCAACGAGGAUGUCAGCUUUUUCAACCCGGCGUCUGCCAGUAACGGCCCUCUGCUGUUCCAGAACUUCUCACACCACGUCAGUCCAGGGUUUGGUGGGAACUUCUCCCCCCAGAUCGGACCAGCUGCUGCCUUGUCCCAGCACCACCCGGCUCCCCCACCCCAUCCCCAUUUCCAGCACCCCCACAGCCAACACCAGCAGCAUCGGCGUUCUCCAGCUUCUCCCCACCCGCCACCGCCCUUCCCACACAGGAAUGCAGCUUUCAGCCAGUUGCCGCAUUUGUCCAACAGCCUGAACAAGCCCCCGUCUCCCUGGGGUCCAGCCAGCUACCAGAGUCCUUCUCCCUCCCCCGGCUCCUCCACUUCCUGGAGUCCCGGAGGAGGAUAUGGUAGUGGUGGCGGCUGGGGAGGAUCUCAAGGCAGAGAUUAUCGACGCGGGCUGAAUGGCGGGAUGACUCCCAUUAACUCUAUCUCCCCACUGAAGAAGACCUUCCCUAACAACCAUGUGGCAUCCCAGAAGUACCCUCGAAACAGUCCCGCAGGCUUUAACCCCAAGUCCUGGAUGGAUGAUGGAGUUGGCCGCAGCGAUAACAUCUUCCCGUUUCAGGAGCGCACCAGGUCAUUUGACAGCUUCAACAUGAACACUCUGGAGAGCUCCCUGAUUGACAUCAUGAGAGCCGAGCAGGACAGCCUGAAAGGUCGUCUUGGUUUUCCCCACCCAGGAGGGGACAACCCUCUUCCCCUCAAUGCCAGGAAUUAUAGCAGGAGACGAGGCCACUCUUCUCUCUUCCCCAUAGAGGAUGGUUUCCCUGAUGAUGAACGUGGAGACCAGGGUCUCGCAGGCCUAGGUUCCCCACACUGCUUUCCACACCAGAACGGAGAGCGCGUGGAACGCUACUCGCGCAAGGUCUUUGUUGGAGGACUGCCCCCAGAUAUAGAUGAAGAUGAGAUAACAGCCAGUUUCAGACGCUUUGGACACCUGUUUGUGGACUGGCCUCACAAAGCUGAGAGCAAAUCCUAUUUUCCUCCCAAAGGCUAUGCCUUCCUGCUGUUCCAGGACGAGAGCUCAGUGCAGGCUUUGAUCGAUGCCUGCAUCGAGGAGGAUGGCAAGCUGUACCUCUGCGUGUCCAGCCCCACCAUCAAAGACAAGCCGGUCCAGAUCCGCCCAUGGAACCUGAAUGACAGCGACUUUGUGAUGGAUGGAUCUCAACCUCUUGACCCAAGGAAAACCAUCUUUGUGGGAGGAGUUCCUCGCCCGCUCCGUGCAGUGGAGUUGGCCAUGAUAAUGGACCGCCUGUACGGUGGAGUUUGCUACGCUGGCAUCGACACAGACCCCGAGCUGAAGUACCCCAAGGGAGCGGGGCGGGUCGCCUUCUCUAAUCAGCAGAGCUACAUUGCUGCUAUCAGUGCUCGCUUUGUACAGCUGCAGCAUGGAGAAAUCGAUAAACGGGUGGAAGUGAAGCCAUAUGUGCUGGAUGACCAGCUGUGCGAUGAGUGCCAGGGAACUCGCUGCGGUGGGAAGUUUGCGCCAUUCUUCUGCGCCAACGUCACCUGCCUACAAUAUUACUGCGAGUACUGCUGGGCGGCCAUCCAUUCGCGCGCCGGCCGCGAGUUUCACAAACCCCUGGUGAAAGAGGGAGGCGACCGACCCCGUCACAUCUCCUUCCGCUGGAACUGAGCGGAAAUUAGAGAGGGAGAGGCAACAGAGGAGCAGGAGGGCAGGUAGUGCAGGAGUCGCAAAAUCAUUGUACAAAUAAAUGCACUUUUCUGUUGCUGGUUCCUUUUUGCUCCACUUUCACCCGACAUUUUUUGCAAUUUCUUUUGUUAAAUUAAUAUUUAAAGACGGAAAAGAAAGAUUGGAUUUAUAUCCAGAUAUGUCAAGGAAGCAAAAAAAAAGAUGUGUAAUAUGAUUUUAUUUAUGUUUGAUUUUUUAAAUAUUUUUAUUCGUUCUAAAAAAAAACGUAUAUAGAAAAGUUUGAGGUGUGAUAUGGUACUCUGCUAUUUUAAUUGGGAUAUUUUUCUAAACAGUGUAUUUAAUUUUAAUUUUGAUACAAGAGGCCCCGAAACAAAUACUUGUCAUUUGACAUUCAGCUGACUUGUUUUGUAGCAGAGCUCUUACAUUUUAUUUUGUAUUGAGUCUCCAGAGCAAAUGCUGUUUGAACAGAAUAUGAUUGGCUAUUUAUUUCUGAGAGGUAGGAUUAAAGUGCCCCUAUUUUGCAUAUUUGCAUAUGUUUAAAGUCUCACUGUUUCAUGUGAGGGAGGCGGGUGUUCACUCAAAUUGAUUUUGUGAAGUCCAAAAACAAGAUUUGGGUCAUACUGUUCACUGCUGCGGUGCCUGUCUUUAACCCUCUGUGUGAAACUCUCCGUUUUGCCUCCUGUCUCUUUAAGGGGCCCCCCCCCCCAGUGACAUAGAUAAGUCACAAAACAAAAACCUUUGACAGUUUCAAACAGUACAGCAGUAUUUUUUUGGGAGAGAAUAGCAACAUUUAGCAUGGCCUUUGUCACUUUGACAUAUAUAUAUAUAUAUAUAUAUAUAUACACACACACACACACACCAGACUAAAGGAUUUGGAAGAACCCAAAAGGCAUAAUAGGGGCACUUUAAGUUUGCUAUUGAUAGCUGAGGCUCCAGAGCAAAUGUGAAUUAAAAAGGGUGUUGCUAAAGAAGAGUGCACUUAUUUCCAGUUUAAGUACUGAAGAUACACAGUACGUAAGACCCUUAGUAGUUACCAAAGCUGAAUCUUAAUUAACUCUGACGAGCAGAAAGAGCCCACUGCAGAACGAAAUGGAUUCGUUUUCCCCUCCCACAUCAAAAACGUUCAAACCUCUCGUUAUGAUUUCCAGGACCAUACAAACAUUUUGAUGUUACUUGAAAAUCUAAACAAAAUUUUAGCAACACUGAUUAGGGUUUCGAUCUCCAUUUUGACAUGCAAAAACUAAUACCUCAAACUCCGCUGCUAAUGUGCCGAAUACAGAGAGAGUGAGAGAGAAAAAAGAAACCAAGAAAGAAAACAUCAUCGCUCUCUGGUGUUCUCCUUUCCUCAGAACUAUAAUCAGAGGGAAGGGAUACAACAGGCAGAGAGUGAUGUAACUGGCACAGUUUUCUACUCAACUUGCUUCAUCACCUCCUUAUUUUUGUAAUCAAACCCAGGGUUGUGCUAGUGACAGAGCAUCGUAAAGUAUACAGUGUAUUAUUGGAAUGUAUGGUAAAGGGAGGCUACAGGAGAGACAGGCUUAGUGGUGAAGAGAGAAAUUCAGCCCCAGAUCCCUUCCUCGUGUCUGCCUGCGGCCUCUGCUGCUAAGCUUACAGCUAACAAACAGAAGGCCUCAUUCGUGGAUCACAACCUGCUCGAGGCUUGAAUCCACGUCCUUCAGGACCGAGGUUAAGGCAACGUGUCACUGAAGGACAGUAUUGCAGUUUUUAAUGGGGCUACCACCAAACAGGAAAUACCUGUCUGUGUUAGUUUUGUUUUAAUGCAUUUGUGCAAUUCUCCCAAGUCUUUAAUGGAAAAAAAAAAAAAGUUUUACUUUGCAUCCAAGAGUUAGUUACAUUUAAUGAAAGAAGCAAUUAAAAGUUUAUCUGACUUUGGAAUCGUCAUCACAUGUAGGGAUCUGCCCUCGAAGCCAGGUCCCUGCCAAGCUAAUCCAACUCAGCAUCCAGUGUUUUUGAAGCAUAAAUGAAGAUAGUCUCUGAAGUGUGCUCUACUACUGCACACUUGUGACCCACAUGCAGUUUGCUCUCCAUAACGAGAUUGCAGGUCCAGUCGACUGUAGCCAGCGGCUUUUGGGAACCAAAGAUGGCUGUGCAGUAGUGGGUCAUACUGUAGCUUAUUACUUGUGUGGAAGUUUUGGUUUUUCUUUUUCAUUUUCUUCAAGGACGUUUUGCAUAUAUAUAUAUAUUUUUUGUUUUCCUAAAUCUGUGAUUUCUACCCAGUUUUGCUUAACUGUCAAGCCCUGAUAGACUCCAGCGAACCAAAGAUUGGCCUUGAACAUCGUCUUUACAGAAUGCAUUAUGCAUAUGAACGAUAGUGCCGUGAAAACCAUCAGAACAUCAGUAUGGGGGGGGGGGCGACAUACAAACAAGGCCUCACACUCCCUCCGUAGCUCAAAAUGGAGGCGUGUGCUGUCAGUUAGGCGCUAGUUAUUUUUAUCUGAAAUGGAUCUGUGCGUUUGGGAGAAGUAACACAAAAAGUACACCUUCCCACGGCGAAAGUAAAACUAAUCCUUAACUUUGUUCGAGUCACUCAGUGGUAACCUUAUUAGCCGAGCAUUUAAAUGUCAGGGAGUUAGUACAGAAACUUGAUUAUUACACACACACUAGUGAGAAUCCUCAUAUCGGCGCGGUGUUGUCGGCACCAGUUUUGCACCCUGGACAUUAGUUUUGUGGGUGUGGUGGGUGAGCAUUUUAGAAGUUAAAACACUUUGUGAAGAAUUUGCUGUUAAAUGAGAUGAAAAAAAAAAAGAUUAUUUUAUACAUGGCCUGCUGAUUUUUGGUACAGUGUUUUCUAGCUAAAUUAUUUUGUCAUGCACAUAUAAACAUUUAUUAUGCACUACUUUUCUAAAUAUUUUUUUUUCUUUUUCCAACAGUCAUUUUAGGCACAUUUUUCACAAAUGGGGAAACUCCUUUUUGCAAUACCUCAAUUUUUCACAUUGUGAAAGGUAGCUUUUGUACUUUUGUUACUGAAAGAUCUGCAUAUAUGGAAAUGUUCAUUUUAGGAAAAACAAAAAAAGUUGAGUGAUUUCAAUAUAUAUUAUUUUCAAUUAUGCUUUUUAUACAUUUCAGUGCUGAGGAAUCUUUACAACUAAGUGCGCACUUGUGUUGAUGCGACUUCAGAUGUGCAGAGGAGAGACCAAAGAGUAUCGCUCUCUUGGUCUUAGCUUUUCUUACACUAGAUGUUUUCCAGUCGAUCUGGUCAAUAAGAGCAUGGCGAGAAAAAGAAAGGAAGAAAGAAAUAUAAUUUGGGAUUGAUGUUAAUGUGUCUAAAAAUGGCUAUACUAGUUGGAAAUGGUAACUUCUGUCUUGGUUUCCUCUCCAUAGAUGGAGCAUAACUUAUUAUAUAAGGAGAAUGCAAAAUUUGGUUCACGCUUAACGCUGAAUCUCGUAUCACAAGAAUGGAUGUUUGGUGUUUAGAUAUUUUAAUAUUUGAAAAAAAAAAGUAUAUAUAUAUAUUCUUGAACUUGCCAACUAGCACCUAUUGUAAUCCUUAGCAUGCAUGACGAAAAAAAAAAAGAAAAAGAAAAUGACAAGUACAAUGAAUUAGCUAUUACAAUUAAUUGUUGUGGUGUGCACCAAAUGUUUCUCAACUAUUCAGUUAAGGACACCCCGAACCCGCUCUCACCUCACCCCUCUUCCCCUCUUCCCAUGUUCCCGCCCCACGUGUCGAUUUCCUCGCUUCCCCAUUCGCAGACCUCUGCAGGAUGCACGUGACAGAGAGAUAAAAGAAACCUACCUUUGAAUUGAUUUGGCAGUGCAGGACUUUGAGCAUCCUUUAUAUAGAGAACACUGUUUAAAAAGACUUGAGAACCUGUCCCCGCUGUCUGUCGAGGUGAUCUUACAUAGACCUAUCUGGAGGAAAGGGGAGCUUAAAGACUUGAAUGUGGUAAAUGUUGCAAGUUAACUUCAAGUUGUUAUGUGCAAUACUUCUUUUGAACCUUUUUCCAGAUAAAGACUCUUUGCAAUGUAAUUCUUUAAUGCCAUUUUUAAUUGCAGACAUUUAAUUAAAGAAGAUGUUAAUAUGUUUUUCACAGUCAUUUUCUACUGUUAUUGUAAUCCUUUUCAUGCUGGUGUUUGUAAAAAAGAAAAGAAAUCAAACUAUUUGUACUAAUAUAAAUAAUUGAAGUUAUUUUUAAAACAUUAAAGGUUUUGUGCUCAUUUGCUUAUUUUGUUUAUUUUAAGCUACUGUGAUUGAUUGCAUUGUAAUUAUUAGGUCAACAAUGUAUUUAGCUGUUUAUUGGUAUAUUUUUAAUUGGAAUGUAUAAUUGAUUUUUAUAAUUUUGAUCAGAUUUUUGUUAUAUUUUUGAGGUGAAGCUUUUAAUAUGUUAAAGUGUCUAGUUUUUACUAAUUGCUAUAUUGUGCUCCACAAUAUAUGGUUCACAUUUUCUGAAGGAAAAUAAAUAUUUAAAUAUUUGUCUGUUAAUGAUGUUACUUAAUGGCAAGAUUUCAAUAGUUUUUAACUGUGUAUGGGAAGGUUGUUGUAUUUAUUAAUAGCAUUUUUUUACUUAAGAUAUCACCUUAAUUUUUAUUGUCAUUUCACUUUAUAAGUUCCUAUUUUUGUAUUUUCCUUUCUAAUUAAGUUAUGUAAUACGGAUAUGUCCAUAUUUCUAGGAGUUGGUCUGUAGAAGUGCUAGUGAAACGAAAAAGAAAAAUCUAAUGUUAUUUAAUUGUUUGCAGCCAACUAUUUAUAACAGUAUGCAUAAUUUUUAAAUAUUUGUAAUGUGAAAUGUUGAAUGAAAUAAAUCUUAACUGUGAUGAAA